AUGGUAUCGCAUUCAAAAAUUUUUCCACUUAUCCUCACAAACGUUGGAAACAAUAAGCCACCACCAACAGUUAUGGUAGUACGAUUUCGACAGAUACCCAAGCCCGAAAAAGUUGAAUCAGCGAAACUAUCACCUUCUCCUUUAUUGAAAGAACAAUCUGAAGCUGAAUCCCAGUCGGACACAUCGGGAGAAAAACAAAGGCUCCUGAACACCACCACUUCGAAGCACGAAUCGCAGGAUACUGCAAAAGAUACUGAAUCAGUGGAAGACUUUCGAACUACUAUCAGAGGUCAUUCUUUGUAUGGUGGUUAUCAUGCUGUUGCGGGAGAUGGCUUUUCAGACGAUGGUUAUCAGACAGCUGCUGUCACAAGUGACUUCCUAGACGAUGAAUAUCAAACUGCUAUCAGAAAUGGCUUUUCACACACUGACUUGAAAACCGUUUCGAGCACAUACAGAUCGGAAGCAAUAAAAACGAAAUCUCCAUCUUCAAAAGGCAAUAAACAUAUUUCCCAGACAGGCGGAUCGAAAGCAAGAAUGGAGUCCCGACCCUCAAGAAGCAGUGAGCAGGUUUCCGACGCUGAUGAAUCGCAGUCAAGAAUGAUGUCUGGAUUUACAAAAAGCAGUGAGCCUAGCCUCCAUUCACGACAAAGCAGCAAAAAAUUAUCGAAAGUAAAACUGCGCCCGCAAGCUGAAACGAGCGAUGAAUCGCGAUCAGAAUCCGCACCCGUACUGGAAGGACCUGAUUUAACAUCAACAGAAAUCGAAAAGUCUGCCGAACAUCAAAAAGAAGGAAAUGUGAUUGUAGUAGGCGAUAAGUGGAAAAUUUUAUUCAAUAGCGCGAAACAUGUUAUCUUCCGAAGGAAUGAUCUAAUUAGAUCGGUAUGCAAAUAA